AGCCGCCAGCCGGUUUGUAUGAGAAGCUGUACAUUAAAAAGUAAUAAAAUUAAACUUUCUGAUAAAAGAAAAUGUUAAAAAUAUUCCAAAAACUUGUUCAUGUUCCAAAUGUUUAUUCAAAAUCGACCAAUUCCUGUAUCAAAACACAAAUGAGAUGUAUAACAGCCAUUGGUAACAGGAAUGAGUAAGUAUGGCUGUAUGUGUCUAUGGCGUGUGGAUGCGUAUAGCACACAACAGCAGUAUUUCAGAGCCCGUGGAGAAGAGAGCAAGACUUGUUGCCACAGCAAUCAAUUCGACAAUAAGAUACAGUACAGCAACAACAGUUCCCGUACAAAAGAAGAAAAAAAUGGCCAAACUUACCGAACAGGAACGCGCUGAACAAUUGCAACCUCUUUUGGAUGCCGGUUGGUCGAUGGUUAAUGGACGUGACGCCAUUUAUCGUGAAUACAUUUUUCAAGAUUUCAAUCAAUCUUUUAGAUUUAUGACCGGUGUUGCUCUCUUGGCAGAGAAAAUGAAUCAUCAUCCCGAAUGGUUUAAUGUCUAUAAUAAGCUUCAAGUUACAAUGUCAACACAUGAUGUAGGCGGUUUAAGUGCCAAGGAUAUUCGUAUGGCCAAGUACAUGGAGGAAGAAUUUAAACGUUAUGCUUGAAUAAUUGAACAAUAAAUUGAAAUGAUGUUUUGUUUUGCUUGUUGAA